GGGGGGGGGGGGGAUGACGGAGGCAAAGGCGGCGCCGCUGCUGGCGCGGGAGGACGGGGGCGCCGCCGCCGAGGGAUCCGGGCGCGGCGGCGGAGCGACGUGGGCGCAGACGCGAGGAAACAUGGUGGUGUCCAUCGUCGGCACGGGGGUGCUGGGCCUGCCCUACGCCUUCCGCGCCGCCGGCUGGCUCGCGGGAACCCUCGGAGUCGCCGCCGCCGGCUGCGCCACGCUCUACUGCAUGCUCCUCCUCGUCAGUGGAGUGUAGAGAUAAACUGGAAGAGGAAGAAACAGAAGAGCCAUGUGAUGUUCUCUACACGUAUGGGGAUUUGGGUCAGAAGUGUUUUGGGACAAUCGGUCGAUGCUCGACAGAAAUCCUCAUCUUCCUUUCUCAAGCCGGCGGUUCUGUUGCUUACCUGAUAUUCAUUGCUCAGAAUCUCCACUCCAUGCUUACCCAGUUCAUGUCACCAGACACCUUCAUCUUUGCCAUCCUCCUGCCUAUGCAAAUUGCACUCUCCUUCGUUCGCUCGCUGUCCUCCCUUUCACCUUUCAGCAUAUUUGCAGAUGCAUGCAAUGUCCUAGCGAUGGCCAUAGUUAUCAAAGAGGACAUACGGCUUUUCGACCAUCCAUUUGCAGAUAGAAGUGCUUUUAAUGGGCUUUGGGCGAUACCUUUCUCUUUUGGGGUUGCACUUUUCUGCUUUGAAGGGUUCAGCAUGACUCUGGCACUGGAAGCAUCGAUGGCGGAACGGAAAAAAUUCAAAUGGGUGCUUUCUCAAGCACUUGUAUGUAUCAUGUUUGUGUAUGCAUGUUUUGGAGUGUGCGGAUACUUGGCUUAUGGUGAAGCCACCAAGGACAUCGUAACACUUAAUCUUCACAACAGCUGGUCUUCUUCUGCAGUUAAGAUUGGCCUAUGCAUUGCACUAGCAUUCACAUUUCCGGUCAUGAUGCACCCGAUCCAUGAGAUUGUUGAGGCGAGAAUCAGAUCGAGUCGGUGCUUUCAGAAGUUUUCACAGAAUGUCGGUGGCCCCAAUUGGUUAGCCUUGCACGCAAGCCGCAUCAUGGUGGUGAUCAUCCUUGCUGUGGUGGCCUCGUACGUGCCUGCAUUUGGGGCCUUCAUCGCCUUCGUCGGGAGCACGGUGUGUGCUCUGCUCGCUUUCGUGCUGCCUACCGCCUUCCAUCUCAGCAUUGUGGGGUCUUCGAUGAGCUUGUGGCGACGCCUGCUGGACUACGGUUUCCUUCUCUUUGGCCUUGUUUUUGUUGUCUAUGGAACCUUCACUGCUCUCUAGCUUGUCACAUUGACCAAGAUCAAAAUGGCCAAGAACUAUGCUGGUGUGUACAGGUCAGGUGUAAUUAUAAACCACAUGACAAAAUGUAAUGCACAUGAGAGAAAGCAAUAGAAAAGAAACACCAUCUAAAAGAA